AUGUCGCUACGGACGAGACAUUCUACCGUCGCAUCGACUCCUGCACGAGGUACGCCGAGCAGAGCCGCCACGGCUGCAUCGACACAACGAGCACCUACGAACGAACUUCCACCUUACCAACCUCUGCAACAUCCGCUUAGCGCUGCCGGCCGCGACAGGCUGCGCCAACUAGGACAACCCCUCAAGUUUCAGCAAAACCAUCAACUGCUUGCCGAGGUCAUCGCAUGUCUGGGCGAAGCUGCCGCUGAGACAAAUGAAGCUUUGAGCAACAAAGAACAAGCUCUGGAACGUGCUCGUAACAAGGCUAGGAACAAUGACGACCCUGCGGCAAGUCAGCAACGAGUACAAGAGAUGGAGGCACAGUUUGAAGAGCUUCAGGCCAAGGUCGAUAGUAUGACGGCUCAGAUGGACAAGGAUGUCCGCAAGAUGAUCGAUGUCGACAACAACAUCGAAGACAUGCAACAUACACUUUCCGACCUGGUCAGAGACGUCUCGAAUGCUUCUACACAACGUACACAACGCACUCAACGAGGCGACGACGAGGAAGAAUACCCAGACUUUGACCCUACCGAUCCCACGAAUGCCACACAACGCCCACUCGCCGUCGCUGAAAUGUUCAAUGAUCGCGUUUCUCGUGCCAAAGAGCGGUAUGGUUUACAAACCUCGACCGCCCGCUACAGCAGGAACAAUCACUACGUCAACUUCAAGAGAAUCACCCACGAGUCCCGGAACAGUGACGACAACCCACCGCCACCCGCCCAUCUCUGGUUUAAAGAAGACCGUCCCGACGCCGGACAAACCGCCCUAGGCGCCGAAGAAAGCGACGACGACCUGCAAAUCGCAAANGAGACAAUCAGCACAAGAUGUCCCUUGACACUACGAGAAUUCCAAGAUCCAGUUACGAGCAGCAAAUGUCCUCAUUCGUUCGAACGCGAAGCCAUUACCUCGAUGAUCCAGAUGCCUAACAAUCAUGUGCGCUCAGAGGGUGCUGCUGCUGUUCAAUGUCCAGUGGGUGGAUGUCAGAAGUUGUUGACUUUGGCCGAUAUCUACAGCGAUACUAUGCUGAAACGCAAGAUUGCGAGACUACAAAAGGCUAUGAGAGAUGCUGAGGAGGAGAGUGAUGAGGAAGGAGCAAACAGACCGCAUAGCAUUGCCAGUGAUGACGAUGAUGACGCUAUUGAUGUCGAUGAGACGCCUGUGCAGAGGUUAAAGAAGGAGAGGUUGAGUGGCAGGACACCUGGCCCAUCUGCUGUGCCGGCUUCGAGUCAACGCAGAGGUAGAGCUGCUGUGUUGAGUAUAGACCACGAUGAUGAGGACGAAUGA